AUGCACGCGCCGGUGGCGAGACCAAGUGGCGUGAGGAGAACAGGGAAGAUCGGGCGACAAGAUCGCACGCCUGCGCAAACGCAACCCAACCCAACCCAACGCAAACCCAACGCAACCCCAAUCAAUCUCCCAGACCACAUUCUCACCGAGUAG